UAUUAUUUUCCUGUUUCAGAAGCCACCCAGAGUCCCAAUAGGAUGGAAUUACCAGUCAAAAGCCUCAGACAAGGUGGUCUGUAUGGGUCUGAGGUACGAUUCCUUCCCUUCGGCCACACAGAAGAAAAAGACGUCAAAUGGAGAUGUUGGGGGCAAGGCAAGCCCCAAAGAUGACGACCUUGAAAUUGUCGAGGUGACCAAGAAGCCUGUGGAGGAGGCACGGUUACCGAAAGGCACCAGAAUUACCCUGCUCCCAACCUCCAGCACUAGAUCGGAGAUCCGGCAGUUGACGCGCCACACCACACAGGCAAGCAUCUCCACCUUCUUCAAGAAACAGCCGUCGCCAGAGGUCAAGAAGCAGCCUUUGCCCGAGGUCAAGAAGAAUGGCAAGGAUGCCACUAGUAGAAGAAAGGAAGAAGUCAAAGUGGAAAAAAAGGAAGAGAAAGCGGAGGAGAGCAGCUGCAACAAACCCCUUCGGCAGAAUGGGAGGAAGGAGGACGACGCAGAGGAGAACAGUGAGACCAGCAUAGCGGCGCUGGAGAACUUUGUGAGUCGUUGGGAGGAAAUCAAAAGCAGCAAAGAAGACCAAAAGAUUCGAGAAAAACUAUGGAAAUACUACUAUCUUGCGCACUCAAGCUACGUACACUCCAGAAAAUUCAUCAAGCUGGUGGAGUCCUCGACACGCAAACUCACUCUCGACAACAUAUAUGUGAUUAUAAAAGACUUGCUUGACAGUUUGAAGCAUUACAAGGACUUACCAUAUGGAGAGAAGUUACCUGAAGAGGAUGGCUGGGAGAAAAAAGGGGACAAGAAUGAUACAGCCACAGAAGCUGAAGAAGGAGAACCAGCUGUAGAACUCACAGAAGAAGAGAAGAAGAGGAAUUCAAGACUGAGAAAAGUAGAGAAAAAGAUGAAGGAAAUAUCGGAUAAGAUUAAAGAACUGGAGAAAGCAGAAGUAGAUUUAGAUGAUGAAGACAACUCUGCCUAUUUGGUAGAGGAAAGAUUAAAACGUCAGUUUAGUAAAUUACACGACUAUUACUGCAGAAUUGCUCAAUGUUCCCCUGCCACAGGCCGCCCUAUUGAGAGGAAGUUCAAAUACCAAGGAUCUCGCUAUCCAGAGAUUAACAAGAGGAUCAGUGCAUGGGUGAACAAAAACAAAGAAUUUCCAGAUUAUGUUGAUGUUCUUAAUCUAGUGAAGAAAGUGACCAAACAGAGUAGUCUACCUUUGAGACCAGAAACAGUUAGAGUUCAAGCUCAAGAAAUAUUCCGUGAUGUGGGCAGAAUAUUGAAGGAAAGAAGAGAGAGUGAUGACUUGUACAACAUUUAUGGCUAUGCUGAGGAAGAAGUGCCAGACCCAGCGGCGGAAGACGAUGAGCUCAGUCGCAAACUUCAAGAGAAUGAGACCAUAGCCAAGCAGAAGUUAGAUAAGAUUUUCCAAGACUAUGUGGACAAAGAGGCAUUUGCGAGAGAGACUGCCGACAAGAGUGCUGUGAAAGUGAAAACAGAAGUGAAGGAAGAGAAAGUAGGGAGUGUAGAUACAAAUAGUGCAACGCCAGUGGAAGGAACGGAAGUGUCCAAAGCAGAAGUGGACACAAGUAAGCAGGCAGAUGUGAAACAAGAAAAUGACUUGGAAGAGAAGGAAGAAGAAGAGGAGGAGGAAGAUGGAGAGGAGGAGGAAGAUGGAGAGGAGGAGGAAGAGGAGGAAGAAGAAGAAGGGGAUGAAGAUGGAGAAGAUGAUGAAGAGGAAGAAGAUGUGGAGGAGCAGAUGACAGGAGAGACCUGCAUACAAGACUUUGAGGACGAUGGAGAUGUAACAGAUGAUGAUUUGAACGAUGUCUUAGCAAGUGCGUGCAUGGAGGAAGAGAUUGAGGACUCAGAAGAAGAUGUGCCAAUCAUGGACAGCGAAGAAGCCGUCUACAAGGACAUAGCAGAGGACGACUACAAGAACGAGGAGAUCAUAUGUCUGGACGAUGACAACGACGAGCUUGAGGGUAAAGGGAUGGGUGUGGGAGGACAGCUUCCCACGGAGGCCCCAGCUGAUCCCUUAUCCGCCACUACUUCCAAUGCCUCUCCUUACAGCCUAAGUGAGAAGCGCAAGCUGGGUAGUGACUCCCUCAGCCCACACAAAAGGCAGUGCUUGGGGGUUGAGAAUCCCUGAUGAUGACCUUUGACCUUUGGCCUGAUAAUAUGUGGUUAUUUAUUCAAAGUGUCAUUGGGGUGACUUGACUUUGAAUACCCUUCUUCCAUUUGCUUAUAUCCUGUAUACAUUUAAUUUCUUUUUAUUUAUUUCUUCUUUCUUUCUUUCUUUCUAGCUUUCUUUCUUUCCUUUUUCUUUUUCUUUUUCCUAUUUUUAAAUUUCUACUGACAUUCUAUAUAAUAUUUUGAGAAUGAAAUGUGUUCAUUGACUUUGAUUUUUAAUUGUAAUUAAAUGAUAUUUAUUAUGAUUAUGUGUUUAUGUUAAUGAUUUCCCACAAUCAAAUUUCUUUUUCUGUAUGUAUUUUUCUCUCUGUUGAUGUUCUGCAGUAUUUUGGAAAUUGAAUAUAUAUAAACUUAUAUAUAGAGAGAAAUUAGGUUAUAUAUUUAAUUUCUUUUUAUUAUUGUUUCUCUCCCCAUAAUUUUAUAAUUUUUAUUUUUUUGACAUUGCAUAAUAUGUUGAUUCUCAGGUGUUGCUUUUAUCAGUUCAUCGUGUUUCUUUUUCUAAUUAUUUGAAAUUUUAUUUCAUUUUCUAAGUAUUAAUGAUUUUCCCCCCAUCUCAUUUGCAUUGCAUCAUCCACGUUUCCAAGUGUGGUGUCCAGUCACGUACUGUAAGGUAAUUUGGUAUUUUUAUACAUAUCCAUGUAUUAUAUUAUGUAAUUUGGAAGUCAUUACUAUAGGGAUCAUGUUAAAGAAAAGGUAAAAAAAAAAAAAGUAGCUAGUGAGUUGCUCUGAGACUUGCUCUUAAUCACUUUUUUCUUUCUUUCUUUAUUUUUUUUUUUUAGUUCCCAUUUAACUUGUAAGGGCACAGGGUAUGUGUGACCAUCUUAGGAGUCCCUCUGAGGAAAUCUUUUGUACAAACCUUCCAUUAUUGUAGCAGCGAGUAUGACCCUCAGCCUCGACCAUCGAUCUCCAAGCACUCCCCACACGUUCUGAUUGUGUAUUUUUCAUCUUUUUAUAUGAUCUUUACAUGUUUUAUUUAUUUUUUAGUCUUCCCUCGUCCCCUUCUCCCUCCAAUCCCUCUUCCCAUGUAGACAUAAUGAUCUGCUGUGGUGAUAGAUGAUAACUUUAUGACAUUUGUGAAAGAUGAUGGCAUUCUAGUGAUUUUUACUGAGAUGUAUACCAGAUGUAGCAUUAAAGUAUUUAAGACAUGUU